CGAUUUUCUUGGCGUUCGGCCUGGAGUUUAGCUCGAAUUCGCUAAAUUAGUCUUUCGUAAUACUGUUUUUGAAUUAAUUAAUGAUGGUUUCUAUUCAAAUUUUUGUUUGCAUGCAGUUGGAUUGCAGAAUGCACGGUAAUGUGGUAACGAUGGCGGCAUUUUCUGGCGGAGGCGGCGAUGGUUCUAGAAGAAGAGAUCCUAUUGUCUUAGCCUUUGAAGAUGCAAAAAUUUCAGUUCUUGAGUUUGAUGAUUCAAUUCAUGGACUCCGUACUAGCUCUAUGCACUGUUUUGAGGGCCCAGAAUGGCUUCAUUUGAGAAAAGGCAGAGAGUCAUUUGCAAGAGGCCCGUUGGUUAAGGUUGAUCCCCAAGGCAGGUGCGGAGGCGUUCUUGUUUAUGGCUUUCAAAUGAUAAUUCUUCAAGCUGCGCAGGGUGGCUCUGGUUUGGUUGGGGACGAUGAUGGUUUUGGUUCCGAAGGUUACAUUGAGCCUGUGAUGGUUAUCCUUCAUGAGCAGAAGCUUACUUGGGCUGGGCGUGUCUCAUGGAAGCACCAUACUUGUAUGAUUUCUGCACUUAGUAUCAGCACAACUUUGAAGCAGCGUCCGCUUAUAUGGUCAGCUCUUAAUCUCCCACAUGAUUCCUACAAGCUGCUUGCUGUACCAUCUCCAAUUGGCGGUGUUCUCGUGAUUAGUGCAAAUUUUAAUCCAUUAUCAUAGCCAGUUUGCUGGCAGAUUUGGCAGGAGAGGAAUCUUGUGGUUUUCCAAAAUAAAAUUCCAAACCAUACAUGGAUCGUUAAGUCGGCCCUUAAUCGAGGGAGGGAAUUCAUAGGUGCCAAUGGUAUAAUUCCUGUGGUUUACAAUGGUAGCAGGUCCUCUCCACCAUCUUCUAUCCGAUGCUCCCCAGCGAAUGCUCGUUUUGUUAAACUUAACUUCGAUGGCUCUGUUGUGAAUCAAGGUGCAGCUGUUGGGUUUGUGAUUAGAAAUGAGAAGGGAUAGCCUAUUGUUGCGGGAGCUAGAUUUAUUGGUCAAAACACUAUUUCGGUUGCGGAAUGCCUGGCGUUGAGGGAUGACAUGUGGAUGGCUAAGGCCAAAGGUUUGGCUCGCAUUAUGGUGGAGCGUGAUUCAAAGCUAGUGAUUGAGUCUAUCAGCGGAGCCUAUAGCCCCUCAUUGGAGAUUGAAGGUCAUCCUAGAGGAUAUUCACCGGCUUGCCAAGUCGUUUGAGGAAAUUUGCAGGAAGCAUGUCUUGAGGGAAGCAAUUUUCUGGUAGAUGCUAUAACUAGUGUGGGUUAUUCAGUCUUUGAUUUUCAUGUUUGGGUUAAAACUCUUCCUUUGGAAGCUCGUCAAGCCUUCCUCUUUGAUUGUACCAAAACCGGUUGCCUUAGGGGUUUUUCUCUUUAAUGUAGUUUUUUUUUAUUAAAAAAAUAUAAAAAAAAAUACAUAAUAUAAUUUGUU